GACCAUAGUGUGAAAAAGUACAAUGACGAGGAUGAAGUUGCGGAUCUCCCAUGGAGAGAUAAGAGGAUCCCGACGUGCAAACUUGCCGGAGACACGUGUAUGGCAUAAGAUUCCCACGGGGUCUUCUACACGCGAGUUGGGUUGGGUUGAUCGACGACCGAGCCAGGGCACAAGCUUCCUUGUUUUUACUACAAGACCAUCUUAUGAACGACCACUGACACGAACAAAAUCGACGACGACGACUCGGGAUGCCGUUUCCAUUCACUUUCCGUUUAUCUGUGCCAGGGCUGAACAACCCAUUUUUGGCUGCUCAAUCCAAUCCCGAAUCCGGGUCUCACCAGAGACCGGUCGAUGACAGACAGUUCGGUAACAGUACCGCUCCCUCAGCUCUUAUAUCGGCUCGUCGAAUACCCAUUCCACCACACCGUCAUCGCACCUUGGCAGCCACACACUCGUACUCACUUUCACCACCCGUUCCCUUGGCACGCAAACGAGGCUGGGUGCCCUCCAGUCCCGAACCAUCUCAAGCCACCACGAACAAUACAUCCACCAGCGGGUAUCUUGAUACUCCCGCGAAAUAUCGUAAUCAUAUGCCUAAGAGAGAACCAGAGAGAGAAACCGAGGAGAUGAUCGCAGAUCUUCCACCCGCCAAACGGCGCCGCACGCUCGCAGGCUCGAUCGUGUCUACAGCGCUGAGCGCUGCACUCAUCGGUACAGCUGUCGGAUUGACUGUGUACAGACUCAUAUUUGAUAGCUGGCGGGACCGGGGUAAAGAUACCAAUAGAACCAUUACCGAUGUUACCGAUGAUCAACCUCCACCACCUUACCAUCCCGGCAAUUGGACAGCCGCCCCUGCACAAAUAGAAAUUACACCACCCACGCCACAAACCAAGCGCGUUGCGAAAGCUCGACACCACGUCCCUACACCCGCACGUCGCACUCCAGUAGUCCGACAACGUAGGGUACGUGUCGGUGUACGUGCUGCUGGCACACCUCCCCCAGCUCGGGGCGCAUCUCCACACCAUACACUCUCCUCCCCUCCUCACCUGCACUCCGGAUUUGACCUUGCACCAUCUCAACGAACCGAGGAGGCGAGAGUUGAUUCAGACGCCGAAUUGGACGAAAUGGACUGGAUCGGCGGUCGACUUUCCCAGCUGAUCGAAGAAGGUCAAAAGGCUUUGAACCGCGAAAUCGUUGUCAUGAGCGACGCGAAAGAGGACGAAAUGGACGAUGGCGAGGGUAAUUGGGAAGAAGAACCCGAAUCUUUUGUGCCAUCGAUAUCAAGGAGAGGUUCGAUCAGGAGUUUGAGGAGCACCGCAUCGCCUAAGAAAAGAAGACACGAUGCGAACGAGGCGCACCUCCCUCUUGCAUCCUCACACCACUCAUCAUAUUGGCAACCUGCAACGCCCACUGCCCCUCGCCACGCCCAUACUCGCGGAUUAUCUGCUGAAGCAGAACGAGGUUCGAACCAUACACCGAUUGCGGCGAGUUUUAAAGAAGACGAAAGUUCGUGGCAAAGUCCUGAGCUGAGAGAGUCGAUGGCGAGGGCACGCGCGCAGUACAUGCAAAAUCUUAGGGGAGCCUAACUCCGUUCUUGUACCUUUUCUUCAUCCUUGUGUUCCUUCUUGCGCCCUUCACACACGUUGGUGUAGAGGGCAGGCUUCCUCGCCCGCGACAGCUGUUUUGU